AUCCCGACGAUUUUCGUGAAAGACCCUGUAAGCACAGCGGCCGCCGGCCGGAAACACCCGGGGGGGUCACAGCGGAGGCUCCGCCGAACAUCGGCCCCCUCUGUCCGGGCCCCGGAGGACAAAAGAUAAAGACAGUGAGUGUGGAUCAGAGCGCCGCCCGCAGCCCUAGGAAGCUCCUGGGAACAAUUCUUCAGGAUGGCGGGAGAAAACGAGAACCCAAACCCCAGCUCCAGGAUCAUGACCUUCUAUCCGACAAUGGAGGAGUUCCGUGACUUUAAGCGGUACAUAGCGUACAUUGAAUCCCAAGGAGCCCACCGUGCCGGCCUGGCCAAGGUGGUUCCUCCUAAGGAGUGGAAGCCUCGGCUCUGCUACGAUGACCUCGAUGACCUGGUGAUCCCAGCUCCCAUCCAGCAAGUGGUCACCGGACAGUCAGGACUCUUCACACAAUACAACAUACAGAAGAAGCCGAUGACUGUGAAAGACUUCAGGAGGAUCGCAAACAGUGACAAGUUCUGCACUCCCCGUUACGCUGACUUUGAGGAUCUAGAGAGGAAAUAUUGGAAGAACUUGACCUUUAAUGCUCCUAUUUAUGGGGCGGAUGUGAACGGGUCUCUGUAUGACAAGAAUGUGGAGGAAUGGAACAUCGGGCACCUGAACACCAUCCUGGACGUGGUGGAGCGGGAGAGCGGCAUCACCAUAGAAGGCGUCAACACUCCCUAUCUGUAUUUCGGAAUGUGGAAAACCUCAUUUGCCUGGCACACGGAGGACAUGGACCUGUACAGCAUCAAUUACCUGCACUUCGGGGAGCCCAAGUCCUGGUACUCCAUCCCACCAGAACACGGCAAACGGCUGGAGCGGCUCGCCAAAGGAUUCUUCCCUGGCAGCGCCCAGAGCUGUGAGGCUUUCCUCCGCCACAAGAUGACCGUCAUCUCUCCCUUCAUCCUCAAGAAGUACGGCAUCCCCUUCGAUAAGAUCACCCAGGAAGCCGGAGAGUUCAUGAUCACGUUCCCCUACGGCUACCAUGCUGGGUUCAACCACGGAUUCAACUGCGCAGAGUCCACCAAUUUUGCCACUUUAAGAUGGAUAGAGUACGGGAAGCAGGCUGUUCUGUGCUCCUGCAGGAAGGACAUGGUUAAGAUCUCCAUGGACGUCUUCGUGCACAAGUUCCAGCCCGAGCGAUAUAAACUCUGGAAGGCGGGGAAGGAUAACGCCGCAAUCGACCACACAAUGCCCACGCCAGAAGCAGCCGAAUUUGUCGACUAUCAACAAGCUGAUCCAGAUCAAAAGAAAAGCGUCACCAAACAGCGCAUAGGAACCAAGCGUCACAGAGUGUGUCUGGAGGUCCCGAAGGAGCUGAGCCAGAGCGGAGAAUUUAAGGAAGAACUCUGCCCCGAGCCGUGUGAGACCCCCUGUGUACAAGACCCCAAAGAGGAAGACUGCCCGGAAGAAGACACUGAAGCAGGAUCGUCUGGGCAGCAGUUUGAAACCUUGAAGAAUGUUGAAGAUUACACCACCUCAGGAACAACCACUCCCAUCUCCAACCCCGGCAGCCCGUCCACCAGCGCCGAGAGCUCCUCCUUGUUCUCAUCCCAAGACAGUUCAGGUGCAUCGGAUACCGACUCGGAGGGGCCGCACGGAUCCUCCCCCAAGAAAUCCCGCAGCAUCCACAGCUAUGCCAAAGAGGAGAACAAACCCGCCGUGUGGAAGAAGACCAGCGCUAUGGGCAGCUUUACAGAGCAGGAGCUGGAGGAGGUUGCAGGGAAGCACAUGGACGCCCUCCAGGAGAACUUCAACGCCAAGAGCCGCCGGCAGCCUCUUUCCAAGCUCCCCCGUUACCACCCGUUGGUGAUGAAGGACAGCGGCAGUGAAGACGAUCAGCCGGAUCAGGGACUUGUGGAUGAAGAGUUCGAGGAGACUGAGACAUGGGCCAAACCCCUCACCCAGCUGUGGACCAACAAACCAUUAAAUUUCCAGGUGGUGCGAGAAUACAAUCUGGCCAUGUCUCGGGUGCCGCCGCACUGCUCCAUCUGCCUGCUCUUCAGGACUUACUACCAGGCUGAUUGUGCGGAACAGAACAAAACUGAGACUCCCAUCGGAUUCCGCCUGAAGACCAAACCACUGAUCCCGGAGAUGUGUUUCACAACCACCGGCAGCAACUCCGAGCUCAACCUGUCCGCCCCGUUCCUGGAGGAGGACGGCACCAGCCUGCUGAUAACCUGCAGGAACUGCAACGUGUGUGUGCAUGCCAGUUGCUAUGGCGUGCCCAAAGAUAAAGCAGUAGAAGGCUGGAACUGCUCCAGGUGUGAGGAGAACGCAAUGUCCGAGGAUUGCUGCCUCUGUUCUCUACGUGGAGGAGCCCUACAGAAGGCCAAUGAUAACCGGUGGGUGCAUGUCAUGUGCGCUGUGGCCGUGGCCGAAGCCAAAUUUGUGAACAUAGCAGAGAGGCGUCCUGUGGACAUCAGCAAAAUCCCCUUAAUGAGAUUCAGACUGAAAUGUGGUUUCUGCAAGAAGAGGAGAAAGAGGGUGGCCGGGUGCUGCAUUCAGUGCUCUCAUGGCCGCUGCCCAACCUCAUUCCACGCCACCUGCGCACAAGCUGCGGGAGUGAUGAUGCAGCCCGAUGACUGGCCCUUCGUGGUGUAUAUAACCUGCUUCAGGCACAAGCCGUCCCAGAAUGAGGGCAAAGACUCGGACAAAGACAUUGUGGCAGGGCAGCGCGUGAUCGGCAAACACAAGAACGGCCGCUACUACCAGUGUGAGGUCAUCAAGCUGGCGAAGGAGACUUUUUAUGAGGUCAAUUUUGACGACGGCUCCUUCAGCGACAAUCUGUAUCCAGAGGACAUUGUGAGCCGCGACUGUCUGAACCUGGGCCCGCCGCCCGCAGGGGAAACCGUACAGGUCCGUUGGACGGAUGGACUCGUCUAUGGUGCCAAGUUUGUGGCGUCGCACACAAUUCAGAUGUAUCAGAUCGAAUUUGAAGAUGGUUCCCACGUAUCUGCAAAAAGAGACGAUGUGUAUACGCUUGAUGAAGAGUUACCAAAGAAAGUAAAGACUCGUCUGUCGGUGGCGUCUGACAUGCGUUUUACAGAAAUCUUUGCAGAAAAGGAAGUGAAGCAGGAGGUGAAACGACAGAGAGUCAUCAACUCCAGGUAUCGGGAGGACUACAUUGAGCCGGCGCUGUAUCAUGCCAUCAUGGAGUGAAGCCUCCUCCGCCUCUGCUGCCCUGACCCAACUCCGCCAUACUGGAAACGGGGCAGCACAGCCACCCCCGGCCAAUCGUCUCAUUCACUUUUGGACCUUUUACGUCUUCUUUACUGUGACGUUUUUCACUUUGGAAUAAGGUUUAUCGAGGGAAACCGGUCCUCAGAAAAACUGAAUCAACUCGGAACAGUGUUACCGCUAGUCUCUAUUCUUAGAGAUACGACCCCUGCACCCCCCACCCCACCCACCUACCUACCUUUCUGCCUUUGGAACCUAAUCUGAGUGACCAUAAUUAUGGCGGCCCCGACCCUCUUCAGAGACUCUGCGUCACAUUGUGUCCCUCUUCCUUCUCGAUUCCUUGUUGCUUCGUUUUGAUACAUUUUGCGUUAGGAACGCUGGACUUGUGUUUUUGUUUUUUAUAUUUAUAGCGGGAGAACUGUGGACAUGAAAUAAGCGGCCGGAUUCCACCGAUGCUCCGUGAAGGGAACUGGGGCCGACGGAGGAGAUUUUACGUAAUGGUUACAAUGUUACAGAAGGGUUAAAUGGCCUUUUUUUUUUUCCCCUCACCCAAUUGAGUGUCUACCUCUCAUCUUGCAGCUAAAUGUCUGUUCUGAAAUGAUCAAAACCCAAUUUCCUAUCCGUGGCGAACGCAAGGCCUGUGUGCGGCAAGAGAAAGCGCAGGCUUGUUGCCACAUGCAUCCGUACAUCCCGUCAUAGUGAUCUUCUAUGGCACCCCACACCCUUCUAUACUGAUACCACAAAAAGGGGCAAAAACAGAGCUAAUUAUUAUUUCUGUAAUCAAAAACAGCGCCACCACUGACCCCAGGUUAUGUGUGGUAUUGCAACUCUUCUCUUCAAUAGAACUGAGCUGCAAUACCGCAUGCAACCUUUAGACAAGAGUAAAGCUCUUUAAGGAAAAAAGCAGGUAUGUUUUUCUAAUCCUGGGUAACUCCUUAAAGGGGUACUCCCGUGGAAAACUUUUUUUUUUUUUUUUUUAAAUCAACUAGUGCCAG